AUGGCCGGACACGAGGAGUAUGAUGAGUCGGGGAGUGCCGAGGAUGUCGGUCAGACCGGACCCGGCGCGCCGACCCCUCUCCUGGCAUUAGAGGGUGUUUCCGGGCUCACAAAACGUGAAAUUCAAGCAAUCGUCGAGUCAGGGCUUAAUACGGUCGAGGCUGUCGCCUAUACACCACAGAGGGUGCUUGAGCAGGUCAAGGGUAUCUCAUCACAGAAGGCAGCCAAGAUUCUCGCCGAGGCUUCCAAGCUUGUGCCAAUGGGUUUUACGACAGCGACCGAGAUGCAUCAGCGGCGCAGUGAGCUGAUAUCUAUCACCACCGGCUCGAAGCAGCUGGACACCCUCCUCGCCGGCGGCAUUGAGACCGGCAGCGUGACCGAACUUUUCGGCGAGUUCCGAACUGGAAAAUCACAAAUUUGCCACACGCUAGCCGUAACAUGCCAGCUACCCUUCGACAUGGGCGGCGGCGAGGGGAAGUGUCUGUACAUCGACACCGAGGGUACAUUCCGCCCCGUCCGACUACUCGCCGUUGCCAACCGCUACGGCCUCUCCGGCGAAGAGGUUCUCGACAAUGUUGCGUACGCCCGAGCUUAUAACUCGGACCAUCAGCUGCAGCUUCUGAAUCAAGCGGCGGCUAUGAUGUGUGAGACGCGCUUCAGCUUACUGGUCGUCGAUUCUGCCACGUCGCUGUACAGAACAGAUUUCCUAGGCCGUGGCGAACUGAACUCCAGACAGACACAUCUUGCCAAGUUCCUACGCACUCUCCAACGACUCGCAGACGAGUUUGGCAUCGCAGUCGUCAUCACAAACCAGGUGGUGGCCCAGGUUGACGGUGGCCCGUCUGCCAUGUUCAACCCCGACCCGAAGAAGCCAAUUGGCGGCAACAUUAUGGCGCACUCCAGCACAACGAGAAUCAGCUUGAAGAAGGGUCGCGGGGAGACGAGAAUCGCCAAGAUCUACGACAGUCCCUGCUUGCCCGAAGGCGAUGCUCUGUUUGCCAUCAACGAAGACGGCAUUGGCGACCCGAGCCCGAAAGAUCUGGAGAAGGAGUAA